AAAAAAUUUCAAUGAUGCGUCAAAAAGCAACCAAACGACUCCAAAAUAAAAUCAAAUCAAAAAUCAAAUUCUCUACACGCAACUUUCUUUCAAAUACAAAACCAAUCAUCUCGAUUCAUCCAACCCGCGAAGACCCAGAAACCAAAAUCGAAGACCCAACAAAACCCACAAGUCGAAAUCUCGAAAUCCGUUGAGAGUUUGUUCCUUUUUUUGUUUGCUCGGAGAUGGAGGCUUUGCCGGAGGAUGAAGAGUACAGUUUCAGGGAAGUAGUGUUGCCGUCUUUGAUUCCGGUAGUGCCGGAGCCGGAACUUGAGAGAGAGAGCGGAGAGAGGAGAAGAGGAAGAGAUGUUAUCGUAGCCGUUGAUCAUGGUCCCAAUAGCAAACACGCUUUUGAUUGGGCUCUUGUUCAUUUCUGUCGUCUCGCCGAUACUCUCCAUCUUGUCCACGCCGUCUCAAGUGUUAAGAACGAUGUUGUGUAUGAGACGAGCCAAGCCCUCAUGGAGAAACUUGCUGUUGAGGCGUAUCAAGUUGCCAUGGUAAAGAGUGUGGCUCGUGUUGUUGAAGGCGAUGCUGGUAAAGUAAUCUGCAAGGAAGCAGAGAAAGUGAAGCCUGCUGCUGUGAUUGUAGGCACACGAGGCAGGAGCUUAGUAAGAAGCGUGCUACAGGGGAGCGUAAGCGAGUAUUGUUUCCACAAUUGCAAAUCUGCUCCUGUCAUAAUCGUUCCUGGAAAAGAAGCUGGAGACGAGUCGAUCGUGGACUGGACACGCUCAGAAGAUCCUAAACCCUGAAGAAAAAGUUCAAGUGUUGUUUCCACGAAGACUGUUUUGUUUUUCAUCUUUCUGUCGCUACUGUUGCAGUCUUUGUUUCUGUAUGUCCCUAAAAAUCUUAGAUUGCUUCUUCUUCGUCUCUCUGUGUGUGUAUGUGUUUUGAUUUGGGUUUUUGUAGUUUCAAAAUUUCUGUAUAAAACCUUUGCUCAGGAAUGAAUGUAUUGUAUGCAAUGGUGUGAUGUGUUUCAGACUUUUCAGUAAACAAGCCUAUAGCAGACACUAUUUCUUUUACGCAGUUGAUCGAACACUUGGUGUGCGUCUUGGUGAAAUAUAGAAAGAUUACAGA